UCGACUAAUUUGGACGGUCAACUUCCGCCGUGGCCGAUUUACGCAACAGACAGGUAAUCAGUCUGCCCGUAUAAGCGUUUUUCGUGCGAGAUUUUCAGCGAGGAAAAAUGUUGCGCGUCGUAGCGACACGCGUGGCCUCAGCAGCGCGCACCGCAAUUAUGCCGCAGAUCUCUGUCGUCGGCACGCAGUGCACCAGAACUGCCCAUGGUGGUCCCAAGGAGACCGAUGAGGAAUUCGAUCAACGAUAUGUGAAUUUUUUCAACCGCAAUGAUAUCGAUCACUGGGAGAUCCGAAAAGCCAUGAAUGAUCUGGCCGGUAUGGAUCUUGUGCCAGAACCAAAAAUCAUAUGCGCAGCAUUGAGAGCUUGCCGAAGAUUAAAUGACUUUGCUCUCGCCGUAAGGUUCUUAGAGUCUAUAAAAGAUAAAGGUGGCCCACAUGCCGCUCAAAUCUAUCCUUACAUUCUUCAAGAAAUCAGACCCACCUUGGACGAGCUAGGUAUCAAUACGCCUGAGGAGUUAGGAUAUGAUAAGCCAGAAUUGGCCUAUCGAUCAGUGUAUGAAAUGUAAUGGACUAAAAAUAUACUGUA